UAUUUUAAGAAUCUCUCAAAGCAGAAGCAAAAGAAGGUCAUGGAGAAGAAUGGGAGCCACCACAAGCUCCGCGUUUGUGUCGCUACCUGCAACCGGGCCGAUUACUCCAAGCUGGCUCCCAUUAUGUUUGGAAUCAAGGCAGAACCACAGUUCUUCGAGCUGGACGUUGUGGUGCUCGGGUCCCAUCUCAUUGACGACUACGGCAACACAUACCGCAUGAUCGAGCAGGACGACUUCGACAUCCACACGCGGCUGCACACCAUCGUGCGUGGCGAGGACGAGGCGGCCAUGGUGGAGUCAGUGGGGCUGGCCCUGGUGAAGCUGCCCGAUGUGCUCAACCGCCUCCGGCCCGACAUCAUGAUCGUGCACGGCGACAGGUUCGACGCGCUGGCACUGGCCACCUCGGCAGCACUCAUGAACAUCCGCAUCCUGCACAUCGAGGGCGGCGAGGUCAGCGGCACCAUCGACGACUCCAUCAGGCACGCCAUCACCAAGCUGGCCCACUACCACGUGUGCUGCACGCGCAGUGCCGAGCAGCACCUCAUAGCCAUGUGCGAGGACCACGACCGCAUCCUCCUGGCUGGGUGUCCUUCUUACGACAAGUUGCUCUCUGCCAAGAACAAGGACUACAUGAGCAUCAUAUGCAUGUGGCUGGGUGAAGAUGUCAAACCCCGAGACUAUAUCGUGGCUCUGCAGCAUCCAGUAACCACAGAUAUCAAACAUUCCAUAAAGAUGUUCGAGUUGACGCUGGAUGCGCUCAUCUCCUUCAACAAGAGAACUCUUGUUCUGUUCCCCAAUGUUGAUGCUGGAAGCAAAGAGAUGGUUCGCGUGAUGAGGAAGAAGGGCAUCGAGCACCACCCCAACUUCCGCGCCGUGAAGCACGUCCCCUUCGAGCAGUUCAUCCAGCUGGUGGCCCACGCGGGCUGCAUGAUCGGCAACAGCAGCUGUGGGGUCCGGGAGGUGGGAGCCUUCGGCACCCCUGUUAUCAACCUUGGCACCCGCCAGACCGGCAGGGAAACAGGUGAAAACGUUCUUCAUGUUCGUGAUGCUGACACCCAGGAUAAGAUUCUGCAUGCUUUGCAGCUUCAGUUUGGUAAACAAUAUCCCUGCUCAAAAAUAUAUGGGGAUGGCAAUGCAGUACCCAGGAUUCUGAAGUUCCUCAAGUCUAUUAACCUCGAGGAGCCGCUGCAGAAGAAGUUCUGUUUUCCUCCUGUCAAAGACAACAUCUCGCAAGACAUUGACCACAUCCUGGAGACGCAGAGUGCCUUGGCGGUGGAUCUGGGCGGCACAAACCUCCGCGUGGCGAUCGUCAGCAUGAAGGGCGAAAUAGUGAAGAAGUAUACGCAGCUGAACCCCAAGACCUAUGAAGACAGGCUGGAAUUAAUCCUGAAGAUGUGCGUGGAGGCUGCCUCGGAGGCAGUAAACAUGAACUGCAGGAUUUUGGGAGUGGGUAUCUCCACAGGGGGCCGCGUCAACCCCCGUGAGGGGGUCGUGCUUCACUCCACCAAGCUCAUCCAGGAGUGGAGCAGCGUGGACCUGCGCACGCCCAUCUCGGACGCGCUGCACCUGCCCGUGUGGGUGGACAACGAUGGCAACUGCGCCGCGCUGGCCGAGAGGAAGUUCGGCCACGGGAAGGGUGUCGAGAACUUUGUGACACUCAUCACGGGCACAGGGAUCGGUGGCGGCAUCAUCCACCAGCACGAGCUGAUCCAUGGCAGCUCGUUCUGUGCAGCAGAGCUUGGGCACAUCGUCGUCUCCUUGGAUGGGCCAGAGUGUCUCUGCGGGAGCCAAGGCUGUAUCGAAGCCUAUGCCUCGGGAAUAGCCCUGCAGAGAGAAGCGAAGAAGCUGCAUGAUGCGGAUCUGCUCCUCGUGGAGGGGAUGUCCAUGAAGGAGGAGGAGCCUGUCGGUGCUGCACACCUCAUCCAGGCUGCCCGGCUGGGCAACGCCAGGGCUGCGGGCAUCCUGCGCACAGCGGGGACGGCGCUGGGGCUGGGCGUCGUGAACAUCCUGCACACGCUGAACCCGUCGCUGGUGGUGCUCUCAGGGGUGCUGGCCACGCACUAUGCGGGCGCUGUGCGCGAUGUGAUCCAGCGGCAGGCGCUCUCCUCUGCCAAGGCCGUGGACGUCGUGGUCUCCAACCUGGCAGACCCGGCUCUGCUCGGCGCUGCCAGCCUUGUCCUGGACUACACGACACGCAGAACCUGCUAG